AUGCGCGGCACCCAGGAGGCGGACUACUCCGCACAUACGGAGAGUCCCCAGAUAUCCUCAGACCGACAGUAUUCCGAGAGCGAGAAGACCGACGAAGGAGAGGUUGAACUAGAAAAGUCCAGUGAUACCACAGAGAAUGGUUUUGAGCCGAUCAAAGCGGCAGCGACGGCAGAUAACAGCCAGCUCCGUAAAUUACAUAGCACCUCAUCUCGGCCUGUUGAGCGGAGUUGGUCGCUAAACGACGGUUAUAGCUGCAAUAAUGAGGUGGACGUUGAAGCGCGCACGGACGAGCCUCACGGUGCAAAGGCCAGCGAGUCGUCUGACUUUAUCGUGCGUUGGGAUGAAAAUGAUCCAUUGAAUCCGCGGAAUUUCAAUACAGUAAGGAGGUGGAUCAUUGUUAUCAUCUGCUCAACGGGGUCUCUUUGCGUCACAUGCACAUCGAGUAUGUACACCGUGACUUACGAUCAAUUGACCGAGGAGUUCAAUUGCAGCCGGAUCGUUGCCACCCUUGGCCUUUCUUUCUUCAUUUGGGGUCUUGGACUAGGACCGCUCGUUCUGGGACCUUUAUCAGAGUUCUAUGGCCGCAGAAACAUAUAUAUCACCUCGUUCACUUUCUUUCUGAUCUGGCUCAUUCCUUGCGCCGUUGCAAAGAAUAUCCAGACGAUGAUCAUCAGCAGGUUCUUCAACGGUCUUGCCGGAAGCGCAUUCUUGUCCGUGGCCGGCGGGACUGUUGGUGACCUCUUCGAUCGUCAUGAGCUGUCAGGGCCAAUGAUGUUGUAUACGGCUUCGCCCUUUGUUGGUCCCGAACUGGGCCCGUUGGUUGGUGGUUUUAUUAACCAAUAUACGACAUGGCGUUGGACGUUCUAUGUACUUUUGAUCUGGACUGGCACGUUGCUUGCCAUGUUAGUCUUGCUCGUUCCUGAAACAUACCAUCCAGUGUUGUUGAAGAGAAAGGCACAGAAACUGAGAAAAGAAACGGGGGAUAGACGUUGGGUUGCUCCAAUUGAGAAGAUGGAUCGGUCAAUGGCGCAGACAGUCAUGAAAUCUCUUUACAGGCCCAUCCUUUUGCUAACCCUGGAGCCGAUGUGCUUGAAUCUCUGCAUAUUCUCUGCGAUUCUUCUGGGAAUCCUCUACCUGUUUUUCGGCGCCUUCCAGCUGGUAUUUGGAAACGUGUAUGGUUUGGAGCUAUACCAGCGCGGCUUGUGCUUCCUUGGAAUGUUUGUGGGAAUGAGCUUUGCAAUAGCGUCUGAUCCCUUCUGGCGUCGGAUCUACAGGAAACUGGAACAGAAGGCCGCGGGGGUCGGGGAAGACUUCCAGCCGGAGUGGCGCCUACCUCCUGCUAUUGCAGGAGGGCCCUUGGUUACAAUAGGGCUGUUCAUCUUUGCGUGGACCAUCUACCCCCAUGUACACUGGAUUGUACCGAUUAUCGGUAGUGGCUUUUUUGGAGCGGGCUGCCAUCAUCCCCCUCACUUGCUGACAGAUGAGCGCAGUGUACAACAGGCUAGGAUACCACUGGGCGACUUCAUUGCUUGCUUUCCUGACACUGGUGAUGGCACCGUUCCCGUAUCUAUUCUUCCGGUUCGGAAAAUCUCUAAGGAAGAAGAGCCGAUUUGCUACGGCAUAGAUGCGCCAGAAUCAGUGUCAUCUUGUUGGUUCUCCCGUGCAUCACCAAGAGUUGCAGCAGCUGGAGCAGGUCUUGCCGAGGUUUGGAGGAGUGCAAUAACGGCUCUGAAUGGCUUCAGGCCGGGGAAAGACGGCAUCACGGGCACUCUCCGGUUUGCAUACAGAUCGGCUACUCCAGACACAGGCCAUGACUCCUGUCCCUGUCCAAUACUAGACCCAGCCCUGUCAACAUUGACAGCCGUUAAAUCGCUCAUCUUCAAUUUUCCAACGGUCUCUGCUCCCCGCAGUGCCGCCCGGCAACCGAUUCUCACAGAGUGGCGAGCCAGUCCCGGGGAGAAGCCUUUAACCGGUGAACCGAUCUCGUACCGAUCUGACACCCCGGAUCCGUCACACUCGAACGGACGAACGCCCCCGCGCGUCUUCUCGGUCCUUUCUCGCGAUCUCGCCGAUUCAUGGAAAAUGGAGAUGGAGACAGACAAGGGCGCUACAGCACCCUCGGCAGAACCCAGUGGGGCCGAUCAAGAUACCGCAGCCAUCGGCGAGCGCGCCGACCAGCAGCCCAAGGCUAACAACGCGAACGCGAAUGGUGAUGAUCAGACGACCACCAACGGCCAGAAACCGAACCCCAAGGAUCCGUCAAGACCGAGGCGGAAGAAGGCGCGCCGCGCCUGUUUUGCUUGUCAGCGGGCGCAUUUGACAUGCGGCGACGAGAGACCGUGUCAACGCUGCAUCAAGCGCGGGCUCCAGGAUGCCUGCCAUGAUGGUGUGCGUAAGAAAGCGAAAUACCUUCACGACGCGCCGGACGGUGCUUUGAUGCCUGGGAUUGGCGGGAAUAAUUUCUACAACAACAACCCAAUGCCGAAUGGCCUCCCGUCGAGUGGCAUGAAUCUGAACGGCGCGAACGGGGUCAAUCCAGCCGCGAGCACGCAGAAUUCGGGCGCGAACUUCUAUCCCACUCCGCAAUCGAACUACAGCAUAUACCAGGAGACCCCAAUCAACCACCAAAACUCUUUCCCCUCGCAGUCGCCGGUGUCCCCGACCUUUAGCUUGAAAACUAAUCCGACCCAUCGCAAUACCACUAAUGCGCCUAGUAACAAUAAUGCCGCUUUGACAUCUUCCAUGCCCCAACCCCCGAGUACCGGGGUAUCGAAUGCGCCAAACCAGCAAAACCCGUUCGCAGGCCCGUUCUUUGACCCCAGUGAUCCGGCGCUUUUCAACUUCGAUUUGUCGAGUAUGAACUUUGAAAAUCGAUAUGGUGCGCUGGAAUUCGGUAUGCUUGGGCACAUGGCUACUGGGGCCGGUGACUCUCCAGACUCAGGCACGCACCGAGGGUCUAUGGGCCGUAGCGGUUCAACGCAGUUUGCGUCCACGCCCAUUGGAGGAGCUGCAGCAUUCGGCGAGAGCCCACAAACCCAACAGCCAUUUAUGUUCGGUGAUCCGCUCCUGAACGAGUGGCCGAGUGGGCAGACCUCGGGCCAGGCGCAUGUGAAUGUCGGCGUAUAUCCGCAGUCCAGCCAGGGCAACGUGAUACCAGGGCAUUUAUCCAAGCCUGAUGCGCCUCACGCGUUUGCGAUUGAGAGCGGACCGACCAACUUUACCAGUCCGGGUAAUGCGACUAGUCCACAGAUGAACAACACUGGUUAUGAGGAUACUGGCGCGUUCAAUAAUGUCGUCACGAAAUCCAAUGGACUAUCCGUGAAUGGGCAACAGCGACCUCCGACCAUCUCUACACCAAGUAUGAAGCACCAAAGCCUGCAAAUGAACAAGCGGCGCCAGCGCAAUCCAUCGGCGGUCUACGAAAGUGUCAGGGAACCGUACGCAUAUACCAGUCGCUUCCACAAUCUGACGGCGUUCAUCCAGCGGCGCUUCCCACCCCAGAAGACACUGCAGAUUGCCAAGGCACUUGCGUCUAUUCGACCGUCGUUUAUCGCCACGACCAAGACGCUGAACCGUGAUGAUCUCAUCUUUAUGGAGAAGUGCUUUCAGCGGACACUUUGGGAAUACGAGGAUUUUAUCAACGCGUGCGGCACACCGACCAUUGUCUGUCGGCGCACGGGCGAGGUUGCCGCUGUCGGGAAAGAGUUCAGCAUCUUAACCGGAUGGAAAAAAGAGGUGUUACUAGGAAAGGAGCCGAAUUACAACGUCAACACUGGUGGCUCAUCAGCUGUGAGCUCCCGCAACGUUACGCCACGGGGUUCCGUCGAAAGCACGGCUGGCCGUCCGCAUCCAGUAUUCCUGGCCGAACUGCUUGAUGACGACAGCGUGGUAGAAUUCUACGAAGACUUUGCGCGGCUAGCUUUUGGAGAUUCGCGCGGAAGCGUGACGACGCGGUGCAAGCUACUCAAGUACAAAACGAAAGAGGACAUGGCAGCGGCGCAAUCGGAUGACAGUGGGCAGCGGUGGAACAACCAUCUGCGCAAGGGAGGAAUUGCCAAUGAGGCCGGGAUGAACCAGCUGGGAUUCAAAGACGGCAAGGUCGAAUGCGCCUACUGCUGGACAGUCAAGCGCGACGUGUUCGAUAUCCCCAUGUUAAUAGUGAUGAACGUGAGUCGCCCUCUUCUGCAAUCCUGA